GGGCCGGCGCCACUUUUUCGUUUCCCCACCAGAAUGAUUACCACUACUUUAUCAACUCUGAUGAAGCGCAGCUAAACUGAACAUCAGCAAGAAAUGAUUGUAACUUCCCUCGUCGACAGUGCGCUAAUGACGGUGGACAGCGGAAGGUUUUGGGGUGAUGUUUGGAUGCAAACUUUUCCUAUUGGAAAAGAGGAGUGGGCGAAGAAAGUGAAAGUCUCUCUUAAAGGAUGGCAACUGCCAAUAUGGGAUGAUUGGAAUACUGUCGUUUGCACGAAAUAGCACGCAGUUGCUAUGCACCCACGCUUCUUCUCCGCACAUCUGCUGCUUCAGAUGCAAAACUCGCCCCCCAUCAAUUACCGCACGAUGAUUACACUGGCGAUGGCGAGAUGCUGAUACCUGGCUUGAGGCUCUGAGCCUGGGCCAUCCCUGUCACGUCUCAUUCCUUUCUUCCUUCCUUUCCUUCUCGUUUUGGUCGUCCCUCAUAUGGCGGCCUUUAUCUCUUCCCCUCCUUCAAUUCGACACGAAUCUUCACUCGUUUAAUGACCAUGACCAGAAUUCGUCAUCUUGUGAAGCGCCCAGCUGAAGAAGUCAUUGAAGGGAAACCUACAUUCGACCGUUCAGGUCAAGCUGGGAACGUUCACCGGACCCAUGUCCCCCAAACUGCCGCUGGUAGUAAUUAAACUGAUCCUCCAGAUUUUUAUGCAGGAUCCCAGGCAUUGAGGUGAUGGCGUUGUGGAUGAGGGGUGCGAUAAGGGGUUUACUGAUCACCACGAGUUGGCAAGCCCGGCUCGUUACGGAUAUAUCACAGACCGGCCGACAAUCACGCUCUCGCUGAACGUCAUGCCACCAGAAUGACUCCCACUGCUUUAUCAACUCUGAUGAAGCACAGCUAGAGUGAACGUCACUUUUCCUAUUGGAAAAGAGGAGUAGGCGAAGAAAGUGAAACAAGUGUCAUAUAUGAUCUCUCUGCCAAUAUGGGAUUGUCGACCUCAACCUCUCCUUCCAUCGUAAACUUCUUCAACGACGCGGCCCCGUGAACAAAAAGCUGUUUUCCGACCCGAGCACUCUCGUCCGUAUGUGAGCAUGAAAUAAACGAUUUGCGAUUUGAGUUGAAAAAGAUUAAGUCCCGAAGCAAUCCUGAAGAGUCGUGGUGGGAUUCGUGUUACUGAGCGUGGGUUCAUGGAACUGCACUCGAUAGAGCAGAUAGAAAGGAGAUCGUUGAGUCGAUAUUGAUAACGAGUUGAUUAAAGAUUUACGACUCGUAUUUAAUUUCUGUGAAAGUUUCGGUGUAAUGGUGACGAUACACAACUC